GUUCUGUUACAUUCAAUAAAGUGACAUAAAUCAAAUGAACAUACAAAAUAAAAUUUGGAAGCUUUGUGUGAGUUCUAUAAAAAAUAAAGUACAACGAGUAAUGAAGUCUUUAAUAUUUGCCCAGCUUUUCGUGAUCUAGGGCUUCAAAAAUCCAAGUUAAAAUAAUUCCACAGAAUUCAAAAUGACAAUAAUAAUAAUUCCCACAUAUUUCCUAAAUAAUCCAAAUUUGUAAAGUGUCAGGGCGAUAAGCUUUAUGUUCAAUGUAAUGGAAUGGGUAUAAUAUACAACGCCCAGUUCGUUUCAGCUUCAGUUUGAUUUGAUCAACGCAAGCUGAAGGUUCUAAAUAUUAAACUAAUAUAUACACAAAUAUUUAUUUCAAAAUAUUAUAUACUUUACUAUGAAGCUGCUAGUCCUUAUCGUUGUGUUCGUAGCCUUUGUGGCCAAAUCGUUGGCUCUGAAAAAUGAAGUAUGUGGUCUACCCCAUUCCCGUAAUGGUGAUGGUCGAAUGUCCUGCGAGGCUUAUUUCCCCAGUUGGACCUAUGAUUCCGAUAAAAACGAGUGCAUUGAAUUCAUCUACGGAGGCUGUGGUGGCAAUGACAACAGAUUCGGUUCAAAGGAAAUAUGUGAAGACAAGUGCUUACAAUGAAGUAAUUAAAUAAAAGUAAAUUCUUCUCUGAUUAUUUAAUAAGCUUA